CUUUCUCUCUCUAUUUUCUCUCUCUAUAAAAUGAUGAACACUGAAGAAAACCGCAUCAGUUUCGAAUCAUCAAUCCAUUAGAACAAUGGGAAAAGCAACGAAAUGGCUGAAGAAAUUCUUCAGCAUUAAGAAGCAAAUCUCACCUCCACAGCUACAAUCUCCUGAUCAAGCAACCACGACUUGUUUCCCUCAAUCAAAUCAUCAGCGAAAUGUCAAAUCAACUCGUCAGAAUCAUCAUCGCGUUUCUACCGAUAGCAAUGAACGAUCCGCCGAUUCAAUUUCAUCUACAAACAACGUCGUCGUCGUCGAUCAAAGCAAACAAUCGAUAGUCGUUCCGGCGCCGAAUCCUACCUGUGUUGUUAACAAAAGCUAUAGCGGUUUCCAGAUCCGUAAACAGUUGGCGGCAGUUACGAUUCAAUCGCAUUUUCGAGGAUAUUUGGCUAGAAGGGCGAAACGAGCAUUGAAAGGAUUAGUGAAGUUACAAGCAUUGGUUAGAGGUAAUAUGGUGAGGAAACAUACAGCGUUUAUGAUGGUUCGAUUGGAAGCAUUGUUGAGAGCUCAAGCUCGAGCAAGGUUAGGUCGGUCUCAAUCGCAAUCGCAACCGCUUGGAUCGAAUUCAUUGGCUAAGUCUUCUCAAUUUGAAUCUGACACACAGGGUCCAUCAACACCCGAGAACUUUGAACUUGCCAUAGCGAAAAGGAAGAACUCAUCGAGAUUCAAGCUACACACCGCUCCUGAAUUGCAGAAAAGUGGCUCAAAACGAAUGCUAGACAUAGAUCAAAUCUACGAAACAGAAUCAAACCAGAAAGGAUCAAACUCAAAACCAAUCUUCACAUAUGACAAAGAAAAGAUAAACAGUCCAAAACCAUCUUUCCCAUCGUCAUCGUCAUCAAACCGAAUAAGUCCCAAGAAACCAUUCGACCGAUCCAAUUCCUCCGAUCAAUACAGUCGCAUGUUCACAGCCACCUCCGUAGAUUCAACUGCCCAAUCUGUAUCUUCAUACGAAGUUCAAUCCUUAACUCCCGUGAAAUUCCAUUUAUGCCCCAUAAAUGAUCAAGACCCAAUAACCCCAACCAGAAGCAUCAACAGCUUAAGAAGCACAUCCACUAAUAAUCACCCAAGUUACAUGUCUGGCACACAAUCCUCAAUUGCCAAAACAAGAUCCUUAAGUGCCCCUAAACUAAGGCCUGGUUUGGAAAGAUCUACUUCUACUUCAACUACUACAAAAAGAGUACUAUCUCUUCAUGGAUAUCCUACUGCUGACCAAACAAAGUUUCCGCAAAGCAACCUUGCGAAAAAAGCUUAUCCUGGUUCUGGUCAGUUAGAUCCACUCGGUAUGCCUUAUUAUGUCUCUGAAUUCUAAAACUGACCUUUCUCUAAGUCCCCUAAUCUAAUCUUAGGAUGCUUUUGAUAAAAAAAGAAUGUUUAAUAAACUAAAUUAAGUUUAUCUGAAUUUCAAGUAUUUUGUGCAAUCUUAUCAUAUUAUGAGUU